GUAUAAUAUAUUACAGUAGCGAUUUCUCCUCUCUAUAAAUACCUGGUAAUCGUAAAUCUUUCUGCUAGGAUCAAGUCUGUCGACAUCGGUACAAGACCACCAUGUCGAGACGCGUCUCCUAUGUGCUACCAGCUUCAGACGCCCCCGUACCCUUGCUCUCGCUACCAUCCCUGACGGAACCUCGUCUGGGCAGGACGAGCCCUCUCUUGCUACCUCAUCAAGAUGCACUCAACGGGAACCCAAAGAGGAACGGCGCGAUUCGCAAGAACGCGACGCUCGUAAGAGACUCGGCUUUAGAUUCGGAUGGGACCCAUCAUCCUAGACAUUGUCUCGGGGUCGCAGCGAUCGCUCUCGAUACCUCGACUCUACUUGCCGGUCGCAACACCCCGGAAGGUAUCCUUUACACGGGAGGACGUGAUGGACUCGUGGCCGGGUGGGAACUAGGAAUGCCCAUGACCAAGCGUCGUCGACCCAGAUGGAGCGAGGCCAUGAAGCCUGGCGAGCGGGUCAGGUGGGAACGUCUAGAACUCGGCGAGAGCGGCGUCUCUUCCGGCGAUUGGGAAGGUGACAACGAAUACGGUGAUGCCGACGAAGUGGAUUCCGAGCUGGACCAGGAGGACGAGAGCUACGAUGGCACGUCCAGCGACGGGGGGAUGGAAGCGGAUCACUCGUUGUUGUUCGAGGAUGGGGAUACUCAGCACGCGCCGGGACAUAACAGGGGCUCGGCGGGUCGGGGUGCGUCUCAUCGUCGCAAGGAGCUCGAAUACACCGAGAGGUGGCAGAUCGACAAGGAGGCGCUGGAUCGUCGUCAGCCCGCGCCCACGACGUUCCGUCAAUCAGUCCAGACCCACACAGACUGGGUCAACGAUAUCCUGCUCUGCAACCAGAAUCAGACCGUCAUCUCCUGCUCGUCCGACCGAACCAUCCGAGCGUGGGCACCUCAUGAUACGGAAAAGAGCGCUUCGCCCGAACUCAUCGGGGUUCAUCGCGAUUACGCAAAGGUGCUUUCGUUUUCGAAGCACUCCAACACCCUCUUCUCUGGGGGUCUCGAUCGUCAAGUCUACCUGUGGGACGUGACUCAACCCCGGCCUGAAGAUCCCGUAGCAACCUUGAAGUUCCCCGAUCAGAUCGGUGAAGAGGGAGGGAAAGGCAGCAUUUAUGCCCUCACAGCCAAUGAUGCGGGCACGCUAGUCGCGGCUGGAUCGCCUGAGCGGGUCGUACGACUGUGGGACCCUCGAGCAGCUGGUUCUCAAGAUGGACAGAGUAUCGCCGGGCUUAUAGGUCAUACGGACAAUAUCAGGGCGAUCUUGUUGAGUCAGGAUGGUCGACAUCUUUUAUCCGCCAGUUCCGACUGUACAGUCAAACUCUGGUCGUUGGCUGCUCAGCGAUGUCUGCAUACCUUUACUCACCAUACCGACUCUGUAUGGUCUCUGUACUCGGAUCACCCGAAUCUAGAGAGGUUCCUCUCGGGAGACCGUACGGGACACCUUGCGGCCGUCGAUGUGACCGGUUGCAAGACCGACUACUCGGACGGGGAGUGCGUCCUCCUAGCCAAGGUGGAUGUUGAAGAAGGGAGGAGAGGUACCGAGGGAAUCUCGCAGAUCAUCGGAAUGGAUGACGAGUACGUCUGGACAGCGACCGGGAGCGCCAGUGUCAAGCGAUGGAGGGACGUUGGCAGGAAGCGUGAUCGACUGGAAGCGCCUGUACCGUCUGCCGAGCGUCGAAGUAGUCUUUCUGUCGGAUUGACUCCUGCUCCAGCGGCUCAACCGCAACCGCAACCGCCUGCCGCCACUUCUCCGCCCAUGAUCACGGUCGGCGGUUUCAUAAUGCCUCAACCCAAGAGGACCCUAUCACAAGCGCCCAACGCCGCUAGCUCUCUUCCUGCUGAACAGCGGGACGGGCGGACGGUGGCCUUUGCGGAGACCUCGAAGCCGACAAACCCAUUUGAUGAUGCCAAUGACGUCUCACGUAGCUCGGGGCCAAUGCUCGGCGUUCGCAAGACUACGAUGUCGGGAGCGCCGAUCGCCGGGUCUAUCAUGUCGGUUGCCUCAUCACGCACCGGCGGUGCUGAAUAUGCUACUGGGCGGAACGGCAUUGCUUACGCGCAUCAGGUAUGCCUGGGGCUGAAAGCGAGUCCACAGGCCUUUGGAAGCAGUACCUUGGAUAUGACUGAGACGGACGAGAAGAAAGCGCAAGAGUCAUUCCUCGGUUCAGCCAUGGCUUACCGCCGAAGCAGCUUGGCGAGAAACGGAGCGCCCUCGUUGAGCAGCCAUCAGGGUCAAGGACGAGCUACGCCUGAUCCAGGUGAUGUGGCCAGGCGAGACUUUGAGGAAAGAGAGAUUCUCGUCGAGGCCGAUCCGAUACGCGAUCAACCGGCUGAGGUCAUCAAAGGUCGACACGGUCUCAUUCGAGCGCUGAUACUCAACGAUCGCCAACACGCACUCACGGUGGAUACUGGUGGUCAGGUGGCCGUAUGGAAUGUCAUCCAAGGCAAAUGUGUCGGACGAUACGAUGAGACUGAGAUCUCGAGCGUCUACCAGGAGAGCGGUUACGACUUGCGAGACAUUGGCAGGGAUUCCAAGGAAGCGUUGGAUAUCGUCCGCGAACGAAUCGAAGGAGAGUCUUCGACUAUAACUUGGUGCACUGUCGAUACCAGGAUUGGGAGUCUGACCGUCCAUGUCGAGGAGAAUCGAUGCUUUGAUGCAGAGGUCUAUGCCGACGAGGUUGGAUAUAAAGGAGAUCCCGCCUUCAAGGAGGACCAGAGGAUCAACCUUGGCAAAUGGGCUCUGGCAAAUCUGUUUGCUGGUCUGAUCAAGGCGGAGGCUGCAGAGGUCUCUCAAACAGGCAAUGUAGAUGCCACUGCCGAUAGCUCUCUCCAGGGAUCCACAGCUGCGCCUUCACUAUCUCGAAGUCCUGCACCCACCUUCAUAUCUCUUGACCGGGCCACAAGCCGACGAGCGCGGUCGCAAUCCUUGAUUACAGGUGGAGCUUCUACCCCUGGAGCUCUCAUGUUUGGGCUCGCGACGCCGGCCAUCACCCCUGCAAUCCUGCCACCACCGGGUACUCAGACAUCUUACCUGACUGCUGGCGGUUCGCGUGGGGUUCGCGAAACGCCUGGCGGACUGCCAAUCAUUCCUCAGUCUCCCGCUACCCUGGCAUCAAACGCAGCGACACCGAUGAGCCCGACGUCUUCCAAUAACCCGAUGCGUUCGCCCAAAGCAUCCGAAUCGAGCAUGCCAAAGGAUUACUUCAGCAUCAAGACCAGCAGACCCUCGACUGCCGAACGAGCGAACCCUCCGACUACACCAGGGGCCAAUCUGUCUUCGAGCCUUCCUGCUCAAACACCCGGUGGUUCAUUCAUGGGCAAGUUCAAGGGCUUCGGUGGCAAGGGCAAAAAGACCGUCGAACCUGUAUCGGUCGUUCCCAUCGCCCCGAUGCCUGAAGAAUCCGAAGAGGAGGUGGAAAAGUCACCAGCAGCUCCGGAACGGGAGGCCGCACAGCUUCGACUCUUGUCUCAGAUUCGAGCCCAUACUUUCCAACCACCUCCCCCAACCGAAGCUCCCCCGAUCGACCUGCCUGCAGAUGUCUCGUUGUUGAUCUCGGAAGAGAGCAAAGAAGCCGGCGCUUGGGCCGUUAUCUAUCGAAGCAUGGUAUCGCGGACGGAACAGGACAUGGAACCCCUCGAAAUGGCCGCUCCGGGUUGGAUGCUAGAGUAUCUGUUCGCUGGUCGUAACAGAGUCAAGGAGCCGGUCAAAUUGUGCUUUAUUCUUGAACCCUGGCAAGGAGGCGACGCGGCUGAACGCUUACAGCCCAUGCCUGCCAACAACGCUCGCCUUACUGCUAAUCGAGUGCUGCGGAUUCGCAAGGUCUUACAAUACAUCCAUGACAAGCUGGAAUUGGGUAAUCAAGAUGGAAAGGCAUCAGGCGCAUCGCAGUCUUCAGAAGGACGACGAGGCAGCCAUGAGAGCGGUUUGAUCACUGCGCAAUCGACCGAGGCCUCGAGCAAGAGUCCGGCGAGGUUCGGCGCUGUCGAACAGGCGCGGGCUGCUGCUGUCGGGAAAUCGUCCACCCCAGACGCGGGCCAGAUGACCAAAGCUAACGGCGAAGCGCGUACUGCGGAAGACGUUCUCGAAGUCUUGUGCAAUGGGGUAGUGGUCCCGAUGACCAUGACCUUGGCGGCGACCAAGCAGUACAUCUGGCAAGCACCUGGGCUCGGCGGAGGAUCGUCGGGUAUGGACGUCGUCCUGCAGUACAGGUGGAGGCGAAUGGAUGUGUCUGCAUAAUUGGCAGCACCUUGCGUGGAUUAAGAAUGGUUAUUGUUGUUACAAGGAGAAAAACAGGCAGGUACUUUGUACGUCUCAAAUGAGACGAUUGGACACGAUGAAAUCUGUUGUGGAACGGAGAAGCGGUGGCUCAGUCAGGAACUACCGAUGCUUGUAAUGCAGCGCACAACGGCUUUUACCUUUGGUCAACUCGAACGCUCCGA